AUGCACGGUGAUGGUAGGAAUAGUUACGGAACUAAGUUGGUUGCAAGCGGCAAUGGUAGGGAUAGUUACGGUGAUGGUAGGGAUAAUUACGGUGACGGUAGGGAUUGUUGCGUUGAUGGUAGGGAUAGUUACGGUGACGGUAGGGAUAGUUACGGUGAUGGUAGGGAUAGUUACGGUGAUGGUAGGGAUAGUUACGGCAAUGGUAGGGAUAGUUACGGUGAUGGUAGGGAUAGUUACGGUGAUUGUAGGGAUAGUUACUGUGAUUGUAGAGAUAGUUAUGGUGAUGGUAGGGAUAGUUACGGUGAUGAGUUGGUUGCAAGCGGCGAUGGUAGAGAUAGUUACUGUGAUUGUAUGGAAAGUUUCGAUGAUGGUAGGGAUAGUUACGGUGAUUGUGGGGAUAGGUACGGUGAAGAGUUGCUUGCUAGCGGCAAUGGGAUAGUAACGGCUAUGCACGGUGAUGGUAGGAAUAGUUACGGAACUGAGUUGGUUGCAAGCGGCAAUGGUAGGGAUAGUUACGGUGAUGGUAGGGAUAAUUACGGUGACGGUAGGGAUUGUUGCGGUGAUGGUAGGGAUAGUUACGGUAACGGUAGUGAUAGUCACGGUGAUGGUAGGGAUAGUUACGGUGAUGGUAGGGAUAGUUACGGCAAUGGUAGGGAUAGUUACGGUGAUGGUAGGGAUAGUUACGGUGAUGGUAGGGAUAAUUUCGGUGAUGGUAAGGAUAAUUAG